AUGCUAAGCUCCGGCUCGUCGCCGCAUUCGAACCGACAGAAGUACACGCAGAAGCAACAACGUCCCCGCGGAUCUGUGCAGAGCAGCAACGUCAAUUCAGAGACGCUUGACCAGCACCGACAGGGUUUAGCACUGACACGACCAAAAGAGGAAGAAAAAGAAGAGAAAGUAGCAAAAGAAGAAGUCAAGGUAGAAGAAGCUGCCGUCGAGAAAAGCGAGAAAGAGGAAGAAAAGGAACAAGAGACCACCGAGAGCCUUCACGAGCCCUCAUCGUCCCCAUCUCUGAGCACAAGCUCCCGAGAUUCUUUGAACGACGACACUAGCAGCACGCCCUCGUCUAACAGGUCGUCUGUCAUUACCACGCCCGAUUCACCUUGCGUUCCAAACGAUAGGUGCCCGAGCCAGACACGCGUCGCAUCGUCUCUUGAGAUCCCCACCAUCUCCAUUACGCCUGUCCGCGAAAGACGCACCAGCUUUUCGCAGUUCGUUGACGAGCGGAACCUAGCGUACUCUGCCGAGUCACCCGUCGAAGAGAGAUCAUUUGGUGCAGCGACUUUCCUGAGGCCAUUGUCUCUGAGUGGUGCCUCCCCAGCCGAGAACACGGCCACGGGCAUCGAGAGCGAUAGUGUUGCAACACCUAGCUGGUGGAAGCUCGGCCUUGGAACCAAGGAUAUGACUCUCACCGGCGACUCCCGUCCUCGGGCUAGCCCGGACGCUCGCCGGGGCAAGAUAGGUACCUGCGAGACAGCUUCUCGUCGUACCUCGGCAUCCUCGACCUUUUCCUUUAUCGCCUCCUCCAUGUCCGCCCUUUCACGUUUUACUCAAAAUGCCUCGACGUACGCCCCCGACGAUGAGCUCUGCAACAUGAAUAUAGAGACCGUCUUUGGUGACGCCGAGCCACCAUCUAUGAUCAAAGAUCACGCUACUACCCUACUCGCCCGAUUUCAGACGGCGUAUCGCACCCAGUCUGCUGUCCUUCGCGAAGUUCAGUCAGAAUGCUCAGCCGGGCGUGAUGAGCUCGCUGGCAUGACGGCCCGCGCGAGGCACCUGCAAACGAGGUUGGAAGAUGCCGCUCGACGAGCAGCCGAGCAAGAGGAGGCCCUGGCGGCGAUAUUAGAGGAACUCAAUGCUGAGAAGAAGGCUAGAAUAGAGUGCGAGCGGGCCGCGAGGGAAAAGGGCCUCGUCCUCGUCAGACGGGAUCUCAACGAGGACCCCAUCGCCGCCGGCGAGGAAGAAGGAGGCUCCAUCCUUACCGAGGAUCUCGGUGCCGAUGACGAUCAAAGAAGACGCAAGUGGAUCCAGCAAGCCGGCGAGGCGAAGAAUGGCGAUGCCGGUUUUGAGACGGACGAGGAGAGCUACGAGAGCGCGAGCAUCUUUUCGAGAUCUAGGAGUCCUACAAUGCCCGUCCCGCCCGGUUCUAGCGCCGCGUCACCCGACGCCUCCCCAUCCAGGCCGGGCCUGCUUCUUCCCUACCACCCCCGGUCCCGCCUAAAAACAACAUGCCUCUCGCCAGGGCACGGGAGCCAGACUCAGCGCCUUUCAGCGCUGCAAAAGAUUUUCAAGGGGAUCUCGGGUGAGGGCGAAGAGGGUUCCGCGAGGGCAUCCCUAGCGAGUUGCUCGAACUGCAGGGGAGGCGAUGCGAGCGUCGCGUGGGAUACGGUUAGCCUGCUGAGGGACGAGAACAAGGGGCUCAAGCAACGGGUCGCCGGGCUGGAGAGCGCGGUGGAGGGGCGCUGGAUGUCGUCAACCGUGUGGGUAUAUCGCUUGAUCUCGACAGCGAACAUCUGA